UGGAACAUUAGGUUAAUAUGAUUGAAAAAAUAGAAACAGUUGUCAACAGUAUGUUCACAUUGUUUUGAUAUAACUGUUCAAUGAAGGAUUAGAGGGAUACUGGAAUAAUACUCUUAUUUAUUGGAAGAUAAGGUGGUUUCUUUAAUCUCAAGAAUGGCAGAUCAAGGUCAACAGCAAGAGGGAGCUAAUAUUGUGAACAUCCAGGGCUCGAUUAUUAAUGAAGUUCAUGGCGAAGUGAUUCAAGUCGAUAACAUUCAGCAAGCUCAGGCAGAAGUAAUUCACGCAGGCAAUAUUCAGCACCUCCAUCUGCAUUAUGACAAUAAUGCUGCUCCACCUCCAGUCGCACAACAACCUCAAGUACAAGCUGAUGCAGGGUCUGCUGGGAAUAUGCAAGAGGAAAUGCCGUCAACAUCAGGUUCUGCAUCUCGUUUACAAAGCAGAGAACGACGCAACAUUGACUUAGGAUACAGCAAUCAAGAUUUACUUGUGGCAGGUUCUGCAUCAUUAUUACAAACAGAGGAACCUACGAAUGUAGAAAUUAACGAAUCAAACAUUCACAUUAUGGGAGGUGGAGGAGUGAUAACCAAGGGAGAAGUAGCAACGACAAUUAUUCGUGACAGCGUCAUUAUCAUCGGGGAAAGAUCACGUGAUGGUGCAACAACAGCACAAAGAAGAAAUGAAUUUGCUGAUGCCAGACUUGCUUCAAAUGAUUUACCCUGUCCAGUCUAUGAAGUGACGCCUCCUCCAUUAGGUGACCUACAACCUGCACAGAGAUCCAUUCACAGAGGUUCUGCAUCUCGUUUACAAAGCAGAGAACGACGCAGCGUUGACUUAGAAUACAGCAAUCAAGAUUUCCUUGUGGCAGGUGACCUACAACCUGCACAGAGAUCCACUCACAGAGGUUCCGCAUCUCCUUUACAAAGCAGAGAACGACGCAACGUUGACUUAGAAUACAGCAAUCAAGAUUUACUUGUGGCAGGUUCUGCAUCAUUAUUACAAACAGAGAAACCUACGAAUGUAGAAAUUAAAGAAUCAAACAUUAACAUUAUUGGAGGUGGAGGAAUGAUAACCAAGGGAGAAGUAGCAACGACAAUUAUUCGUGACAGCGUCAUUAUCAUCGGGGAAAGAUCACAUGAUGGUGCAACAACAGCACAAAGAAGAAAUGAAUUCGCUGAUGCCAGACUUGCUUCAAAUGAUUUACCCUGUCCAGUCUAUGAGGUGGCGCCUUCUCAAUCAGGUGUCCUACAACCUGCACAGAGAUCCACUCACAGAGGUUCUGCAUCUCGUUUACAAAGCAGAGAACGACGCAACGUUGACUUAGAAUACAGCAAUCAAGAUUUGCUUGUGGCAGGUUCUGCAUCAUUAUUACGAACAGAGGAACCUACGAAUAUAGAAAUUAAAGAAUCAAACAUUAACAUUAUUGGAGGUGAAGGAAUGAUAACCAAGGGAGAAGGAGCAAAGACAAUUAUUCGUGACAGCGUCGUUAACAUCGGGGAAAGAUCACGUGAUGGUGCAACAACAGCACAAAGAAAAAAUGAAUUCGCUGAUGCCAGACUUGCUUCAAAUGAUUUACCUUGUCCAGUCUAUGAAGAGACGCCCCCUCGAUUAGGUGUCCUACAACGUGUACGGAGAGCCACUCGUAAAAGAAACCGUGCAAGAAAAUUCAUCAAUUACUUCAACAACAGGACCUGGGAGCAAACCAAAGUUAAAAUCACAGAAAAUUACGAAGAAGCAAAACUGAAAGAACCAGACUUUGAAGUGAAUCCUCAAAUAAGAAAGGUACCACGCUUCUACCGUGGAGAAAUGGCCCCCAAAGUUACGGAAUAUAUUUUGGAAACUGGAUUUACUGUUAGAGCUACUGAUAAAAAAGUUGGGGAAAUUAUUUCUCUGGAUGUGCUUGUGGAACAUUUGAGCAACAAAGAAUACAGAUACAUCGCCAUACUGGGUCAGGCGGGCAGUGGGAAGUCGACAAUCAUGAAACGUCUUGCUCGAAGCCUUCUAGUUGCCAACAAAUUAGUCGAACAAGCUCAAAUAAGUGAAGGAUCAAUGGUUUGGCUAUUUGGUAAUACAGGACGUCGAUUCAAAUUUAUUCAUCACUUGAAUAUCAAAGAUAUCCUGUUUUUACCAGGAAACAGAGCAGAAGAAGCCAUAAGUCCAUGCGAAUUACUUUUUGGAAAAUUAGCUUUUGGACUCGCAACACAAGAUGUGGGAGAAGGCUACGAAUGGCUGCAAGAAAAUCAAUCAAUGUGUAUUCUUUUCCUUGACGGUCUGGAUCAGGCAACUUGGAAUCUCCUUGGAAAAUACAACAAGAUGAAGUACACCGAUAAAUCGAGCACAGCAACAAUCAUGUGGAAUCUAAUAACAGGCAAUCUCUUUCCCAGAAUGACGAUCGUGAUUUCUUCCCGUGAGCACAGAAUAGCACCCCUUCCUUUAGAAUUAAGGCCUCAAUUUAUAACUGCCCUUGCUGGUUUCACUCAAGACGUCAUCAAGAGGUUGUUUAUUGCAGUUGUCGGGGACGACGGUGGAAAAGCUUGGGAAAAAUUAACAAGGCAGUCACCCGCACUCAUUCCAUUAUCAUCUGUUCCACUUUUCCUAAUAUUCAAUGCAAUCGUUUGUAAGUUCAACCCAGAGAAACUACCAAGUACUAUGACAGAGGUAAUGCUACGAAUCCUUCACAUCUUCAUGCGAUCCGAUCACACACAUGAAAGGAAACGGAUUGAAGAAAUACUUCCAAACUUGAUGGGAAUGUCCUUCGAAGGCACAAAAAAGAAACGAGUCAUUUUCACGACUAAAGAUCUCACAAAAUUUCAACUUCAAUCCAAUGAAGUUUGUGACAUUAUUAUCAAGGUACCUGGGAAAAACAUGUUUAACCAACAUCUCAUGGAAGGAGACCAUCUGAUGUUCUUCAGCCAUCAAGUCCUUCAAGAAGUUUUAACCGCUCUCUAUAUUUCAAACAUGGAUUCUACCACGUUUCGCACAUUUAUCGAAACUGAGUUUCGAGAUGAUCAUUGGGCAGUUGUUCGCCAUCUAUUGGGUGGAAUUAUUCUGAAUCCUGAUAUUGAAAGUAGUCUCGUAACAAACUUUUCUCCUGAUGCCAGACAAGAUGAGAAGAAAAAAAUCUUGAGAGAAUUUCUUGCAUCUCAGUCACGUAAAGGAAUGGCAUCAUAUCAGAAGUUGGAGCUGUAUGGAACAUUAUAUGAAGCUAACGACACCGAUCUUAUUCAAUCCUGCAUCAGGGAGAUUGAUUUCCGUGGCGAAUCCUUCACUACAGCAGGAAUGCAUGUAAUGUCAUCAGAUAUACGACGCUGCAACCACCUAACUCUGGUUUGUCUAGCUGACUGCAAUCUCAAUGCUGAACUGGUUCAUAUCCUGAAGUCAAAUUUAGAAGGUUCCUGUUUGAAGUUGGAUAAACUAGAUGUCAGUGAAAACAAGGAUCUUGGAACUGCUGGUUGGGCUGAAGUUGGAUUAGUUGUUACACAAUGUCAGGUGAAGGUAUUCAAGGCUAAGUAUUGCAAUCAGACAGCAGAAGGAAUGAAAGCAUUCAAGGAAAACACUGGCAAUGCUAAGGAUAAGUGA